AAUGUUACAGUGUUUAUAAUACUUAAAAAAAGGCUGCAAGUUGACUCAACUUAAAACAUUCAAUGCAGCCACUUACCUUUCUUUUUAUAAGUUCAAUCUUUUUGCGCUAAUUUUAUUCAGUGUACACAAAAUAUAAAUCAACCCUCUAAAUAACAAAAAAACUUUGUUCAAGUUACUUUAUUAUCUUUGUUGGGACAACAUUUUGAAGAAUUUACAAACCCUGUUACAAAUAAAAUCAAUUACAAUUUAGCAGUUCUUUAUAGAUGCUUAAAGGUUAUCUAAAAUUAAAUGGUUGUUCCUGUCUGGAAGCAGCAGAUGUUCUUAUAGGUUUUGGUUCCUUUGUUACUUUUAGUGAUAGUUGCAUUCUUGUGAGUCAAAGGCAGUGCCACAGUGUAUUUGUAUUAAAGUUUUUGCAUAUUGGAAUAUUUGAAUUUAAAAGUUGUUCAAGCAGCAUUAAAAGAGCAGUUUAUGUCUAACCACAAAUGUAUUUCCUGGGCGUUGAGAGAAGAGACACAAGAACAGUAUUGGUACUUUAGUGAGACCAACAGAUGAAACUUCUAGAUACACCAACAGCUAUUAAUGGUUAGUCAAAAGGAUAAAUCCUAAGAGCGGCCAUGCUGAAUUCUACACUUUCACAGUUUUGGAAUAACGCAACACAGAAACAGCCGGAUUUGAUUUUUGUUGCUGUGUAUGCAGUGGUUUUCAUAGUUGGACUAACUCUCAACCUCACUGCUCUUGUGAUUUUUUUUCGCAACGCGAAGUCGCGGUCUCACACCACCGUCUACAUGAUUCACCUGGCCUUCGCAGAUCUUCUUCUGAUUUGUACCCUGCCUGUGCGUAUAUAUUACCAUGGAGGCUUUGAAGGUCUGCCGCAGAAAAUCUGUGAAUUAACUGGAGUCAUACUGCUGGCAAAUAUGUACGGAAGCAUCUUUCUCCUUACGUCCAUUAGCUUUGACCGCUGCGUAGCGGUCUGCUUCCCGUUGUCAUCUCAUGUUCGUGAGGGUCGCAAGAAAGCCUGGUGCGUGUGUCUGGGGAUCUGGCUCCUAACCGUAGGAACAAGCUUGCCGAUUUACUUCAAAGUGCAGCCUUCUCCGAACCAUUCUUUCAAUUUGUCAAUCAGCUGCUUGAAUUUGUCAAGCAGCUGUUUCAGCAGCUUUCCUGUAUACGCCACUCAAACUGCCGCUCUCAUUUCCACGUUAAUUGUUGGCUUUGGGAUUCCAUUAACUGUUAUGAUUCUCAGCUCAUGGGGGCUCAUACGGGCUAUAAGUAAAAGCACUGCUGCCCAGACUAGUGACCUGGUAGACAGCGGAAAGAUCAAGAAGAUGAUCACGACUAACUUGGCGAUCUUUCUGCUCUGUUUUCUGCCAUAUCAUAUCAUGCUAGUGUUACUGUAUGCUUAUAAAGGUUCUGAAAAUGUCCUAUGCUCGCUGCUACCAGCCUACCGGUAUAGCCUCAUGAUAGCUUGCCUAAAUGCAAUGCUUGACCCGGUUGCUUACUAUUUCACCACUGAAACUUUUCGCAGAAAGAUGGAUGUAGACGCUGUACGGAAAAUAUGGCAAACGAAUAGUCACAGCUCAGAUGGAAACAACCGCUCUCGAACUCCCCUCACCACGUAAUCAUUACCUACUGUGGCUUACCAAAUCUACAGAUAGAAAUGAAUCUUCACUUAUUACGGUUUAUUUGUGUACUUAUAUGUAGCUUUCUGCAGAAGAAAUGGAAACAUGACUCAUAUAUUGCAGCAAAAUUUUAAUCUAAGAAGGAAUUUGUGCAUAUUCGCUGUUUGAAGAUUUGUGCAUUAAAUUAAAAGGCACUUACAGUAUAACUUCUUUCUAAAUGACACAGUUCAACUGUGUCAGUUCAAAGUAAAAGGGGCCAUGAGUCAAAAUGACAGGAAACGGUUGUCGCCUUCCUUGACAAGCUGUUUACUGUAUGUGCAGAACAGCGAACACUAAAAUGUGCUAAACCUAUUUCUGCAAAAGUUCACCGUCUUUCUCAAAUAUGCUUUAGUGGGGGAUUUUUUUUACAGGUUAGCUCCUGUAAUGCACUGCAAAUUUUUUUAAGAAAGUUAAAGAAUUUCAAAUUGAUGUCAACUUUUCACAAGACAAAACUUAAAAUUGCAGAUUGAAUUGACUUGUAAAACCAAGUUGUUUAACUUCAUGCUGCAUUUUUUACAGUGUGGUUUAUAUCAAGCAUCAAACAUUGUGACACAUCAAAAGUAUAGCAGUAUUACCAAGAAUUGGAAGCAUUAAUUAUGAAAAAUACUUAAACAAUAUGGGGUGGUUUCCCGGACAGUGAUUAGACUAAAAUAAAUGUAAGAGCUCCAAACUGAAAACAACUUGCACUGACAUCUUAAAAUACAUCAGUCCCCUUUGUUUUGCCUCAAAAUGCACACAAGUAAUGUUUUUAGUAAGGCAUGUUUUUUAAAACUAUUUAAUUAUUUCAUAAUUAAUCUAAGGCCUAGACUAGUCCUGGCUUAAGCUAAUCCUUGUCCAGGAAACCUCCCCAUCGUGUUUAAUUAAAGCAUUAUAUUCCCAUUACUUCUAUUUAUAAUGCUUACAUUUAGAUUUUGAAGUGAUAGAAGUGUUUUCUAUUCAUAUAUGUUUUAAGAUGUUUGUAUGUAUAUGGGCUAUUAAAUGAAGCUGGUAUGUGCGUAAUAAUUGUGUUGGAUUUUAACAGACUUGUAUGUCCUAUAUUUGACUUCAUUUGUAAU